AUGCAGUUAUUCUCAAAUAUAAGACAUGGUGGAAAUCAUCAAUCCAAACCUAAACCACCAACUCAACUUCAAUUUAGUAGUUCAAAUUUAAUUGCAGAUCAAUAUCAUAGAAGAUGUGGAACGAAACAAUCUUAUAGUGAUAGUGAAUUCUCAAACUCUGGUUCAACUUCUUCAUAUACUUCAAGUGAUUCAUAUAAUCCUAUAGAUUUAAAACAUAAUGUAUCACCAAAUCAUAAUAAAAAAAUCCCAGUUGCAUUGAGACCAAAUAUUAAUAUGAUUUCAAAUACAAAUUCACCAAAUAAUCAAGGCUAUUCAGAUUCAAAGAAUUAUUCUUAUCAAAAUCCAUCUGAAGUUAAUACUCCAAAUCAUCAAAGUACUAGAGAAAGCUCAGUGUCUCCAAUUAAAUUACAAUCACCUACAUUAAAUGAACCUUAUGUACCACUUACUAAUGAUAAUACUCCCAUUAAAUCAGUUAAUAAAAAUUUGACGGAUGAAUUACCAAUAAAUGGAUCAGAUACUUCAAUUAAACCUCAGCAAACAGAAUAUUCUCAACCUAUUGAAAAUGGUCACUCAUCAGAAGCUAAAUCAUUAUCACAAAUUGCAUCUCCGAAAGAAUCAACUCCAUCACCAACUAACAAAAAAAGUUCUAAACAAAACACACCAAUUGCAUCUUCAAAAACUAAUCAAUACUAUAAGCAAAAUCCAGGCUCAAGACAAAGUAUAAAUUCAGACGCAUAUAAUCAACAAUUGUAUUUUGGAUAUCAAAAACCGCCACCACAAUUAGCACAUAAUUACAAUCACCAACAAUCAAAUAAUCAACCACUUAAUAAUGAUCAAGAACAAGAUGCAGAUACAGAAUCAGAUGAUGAAAAAACUACAAGUUCUGGAUCUUAUCAACCAACUCAGCAUCCUUAUUAUGAGCAAUGGAAAAUGUACUAUCAAGCAUUAGCAUUUCAACAACAACAACAGCAACAACAAAUGAGGCAGUCAAUGUAUUACCCGAAUCAAAAUAAUAUGCAACAACAACAACAAAAUCCAAUGAUGCCAUACGGGUAUCAACAAAUGAUGCAAAUGCCUUAUAUGUACAAUAAUAUGAACCCAUAUAUGAUGCAGCAACAACAACAACAACAACAACAAUUCCAGCAAAUGCAACAACAGUAUCAGCAACAGCAGCAGCAACCACAACACAAGCUGAAAAGUAGACUAUCAUCAAAUGUCAAUUCUCAUGCACAGUCACUACAAAACGUCUCAAAUCAAUCUACCAAUGAAGCUCAACUAACUGCACCAGAAGUACCUGCUAAAUCAAGACUACCAACAAGUAACUCAGAACCAAACCUCCCACAACAAACUCAAGAUCAAUCACAAAUUUACUUAAACGCUUAUCAAAAAUCAAGAAAAUUUAAAAAUGAUCAAUCCACAGAUACAAAUGAAUUAAUACAAAAUUCAAGAAGAAGUACAGUUAAAUCAAAUAGAUAUGCUUCUGAGCCACAACAUUUUGUACCCAAACCAACUGCCCAUCAUCAACGUGUUGCUUCAUUAGAAGUGAAUUUUAAACCAAAAGUUUUUAAUUCAUAUAAAGACAAUGAAGAUUACGAUGAAGAAGAAGAAGAAGAAGAAGAAGUUGAAAAAGGUGAAACACCAGAAAUAAGCGAAAUAAAAUCUAGAGUUGCUUCUGUUGCUCAUUCAUUAUCUAAUUUGGGAUUAGAAGAUAAAAAUAACAUGAAAAGACAAAUUUCGGAUUAUAACAAAUUUUUAUUUGAUGAUGAUGAAAGCGAUAAAGAAGAUGAGAAUGAAGAAGUUACAAAUAACGCUUCAGAAGAAGCUGUUGAAGAAAAACAAAAUGAAGAUGAUUUUGAUAAAACUAUUGUAAUUGAAAAAACAGCGUCACCGUCACCACAAAUUGAUCAAUUACCAUCACCAAUAGAUAGUUUGAAUCGAAAAGAUACUACAUCAUCAGAAGGUUCGUAUAACUCCAUACAAAGUGAAGAUAGAUUCCAAGUAGCAAGUAUCAGAAGAACUUCAAAACAAUCAACAUUAAAUGAAUCAAGAACUUCAAGACCAAACCAACAACCAAAACAAAAACAAAGAUCACCAACUAUAUCUCCACCACCUUCAUUACCACCUCAUAAUUAUCCAAUGCCACCAAUGCCAGAUAUGAAUAUGAUGCAAACAAAUCCAGUGUUACAAAUGCAAAUGCAAAUGCAAAUGAAUCAAAUGAAUCAAAUGAAUUCAAUGGGUAUGAAUCCUAUGGGCAUAAACCCAUUUGGUAUGAAUAUGGGUAUGAAUCCAAUGCUUUAUCAAAAUACUGAAUAUAUGGGAGAUUUCAACAACAACAACAGUAAACGUCAAAGUAUGAUGGCACCAGAUUCAAAAAGAAUGUCAAUGAUGCAAGAUUAUCAAAACAAGAGAAACAGUAUGCCAACAUUUAAUCAACAACAAAUGAUGAGUCAACAACCGCAAUCACAAAUAAAUCAUAAAACUUUAGAUCCAAUAAUUUUGAAAAAAAUAGAAGAAUUUAAAAACCUAAGAGCAGAAAUUUCACAAGGUAAUAAAUCAAUGGAAUAUAGAUUAUUAUGGGCUAAAAUGUUAAUAAACUCAACAAAUUUCAAACUAUACAAUUACAUUAAUAUCAAAGGAGAAUAUUUACACACAACUCAAUCAUCAUCAUCAAACAAAGCCAUAUUUAUAAAAUCAUCAGUUACUCACAUUUCCAAGAUCAUAAAAGAAAUAGAAACAACAAAUCAAGAUUUAAAAACAAGUUUAAAAUGUAAAGCCUAUUUUAUAAUGGCUUGUUUAUUAAAGAAUGACUUUGUUGAUGCAUAUGGUCAAGAUUUUGGUAUACCUAAAAACAUCAAUCAAAGUAUAAAAUUCUUUAAUAAAGUAUUGGAAUUAAAUAGUAAAGAUUCAAGAGUUUUGUACAAAUUAGGUGAAAUUUAUGAAUAUGAAGUACCUAAUUCAACUGAUUUAGCUAUUGAAUAUUAUUCAAAUAGCUCUCAAUUUGGUUAUGGUAAAGCUACUGAUAAAUUGGCUAAGUUUGGAAUUUCUAUAGAAUCUAUAUAA